AUGGAGAAUGCUCAUAUUCCCAAUUCUCACUCGGACGUGACACCCAGUUGGCGUCCUUUCAAGUUUGAGCGAACGCCACUCAAAGAAGCCAUCAAAACCACGAGAGUACAAGGCACCCAAACUUCCCGUUAUGCUGGAACCGUACCAAAAGCAUGGUGCUCUCGCUCCGGUCGAACUCUAUCCGCACAUGGCGGCUACUGCGGUUCAGUUCUCGUAGCCACAUCACUUCAGUAUUUCCAAGAUGCAUAUGGUGACCAGAGCUACACAACUCCACUCAGUUUAUCCGUCGAGUUUUUGAGGCCAUUGCCCGAAGGGCCCUACGAGGUCGCUAUACACGAUUACGCUGUGAAAGGAAACAUCGCUACCAUCCGUGCCGAGAUUACAAGUCCGCAACCAGACACGAGUACAAUAUACUCCGUUGGCGUGAUACGCUUACGAAGAAAUGCUCCCUUUCAAGGAGGUAAAUCAAUACAGGCAAAAACUGCACCAUUCCCAGAUCGCGUGCGUGAUUGCGCCCGUUGGACAGACGGUCUAUUCUAUCACUUUAAUCCGCCGGCCGCAUAUCUACGAACUUUUGCUCCAAAGGGCGAGGGCUUCCCGCUUUGGAGCGAGAAAUUUGGAGGUCAAAACCAACGAUGGCAAUGGGUAAAGUUGGACUAUGAGGAGAAGUUUGAGCUGCUUCACCUCCCUGUGCUCUCAGACCUGAUACCCGUACUCCCUUUAAACUUUGAAAAAGACGGCCUCUUGGCCGCGACACGGUACCAAAUCGCAACUCUAUCGCUGCAUCUUGAAUUUCGCACCCCGGAAGUUGAUGAAGAGUGGCUCAUAAGUCGCACGACCAUGAACAAACUGCAAGACGGCGUGUUCGAUAUGGGCAUUCAAAUCAUGAACAACCAGGGAGACAUUAUUGCGACAUGCACCCAGAACUGGUCCAUGACACCAAGAAAGACGAGGCAGAUUGGAUCUGGGGAAUCGAAAUUGUGA